AUGACAUAUGGGAGUGGACUGACAGAGCAGCAGCCAUCACGAUGCGACGAUAUCAAAAUCGUAACACGGCAGGCAGGGGUACUGGAAUUCGGCCGAGGUCGAGAUCAAGUUGACGCAACGCGGUACCACCAGCGUGCAGCUCCGAUCUCCCGGGAGCCAGCACGACCGGCGAGAACCACCGGAGCUGGAGGAGGAGGAACGGAUCGAAGCCUCGCCCCACCCCACCUCACCUCACAUCCACGAAGAACCCAACCCCAAGCGAUCUGCCAAGGAACAAGUAAAGCAGCUGGGAGCAGGAAUCUAAUCUCACCCGCCAAACACGGCGCCCAAACCCCCGACCCGACAACAACCGGGAAUUCGCAGUGGCCGGACCCAGAUCGCCGAGAACUGCGAGGCGAGGCGGCACGAAGGAAGGGAGAGGGGCACGCACGCACGCACCUGGUUCGUCUCCGCUCCGCCGCCCGCGUUCGUGGGAGUGGGAGUGGGAGUGGCGGCUCCCGUAGUGACGGAAAUGUAGCAGUUGAGGCUCUGGUCUCUGGUGGGGUUGGGAGUGGAAGUGUGGACCAGGGGUGGGGUGGGGGAGGGCGACUGGAAUGCGCGGGCGGGGGCGGUGGAAAGGAAUCGGGGCAAAAGGGCGUGGAAAAGAAAAGAAAACGAAUAGUUCUCGGCGUGCGAGACGGGUGGGAGGUCGCCGCCCCGGCGCGUGGAGGUGGGAGGAAUGCGCUGGUGCUGCCGUGCCACCGCCCACCGGGUCUGUUGGCGCGUCAGGUGUCACCGCUGACGCUCACGCUCACGCGGCGAUGCUGCCGCGCGGCGACCGGCAUCUUCUUCUUUGGCCGUGCACUGGGGGCCAGGACGAUGUACCUUGUUAAUAGUGAGACUUUAUCAAUGCUACUGUUUACUGUUCCAAAAUCUGAUUCACCUUUCUAG